GAAGUGUUCACACGUAUCAUGUGAUUUCGCUUCUCCAGGCACACUCUCUGCUCGUGAAGGCAGCCAUGGCCAAAUAAGUGAAAACGACCCUGUAAAGGUUCACUGUUUCGAGAAGGAGAACGUCGGGUUUGUCCCACGGGAGGCUGCGGAAGAUGCAGAACGUCAUCAACUCGGUGAAAGGCACCGCGCUGGGAGUGGCGGAGUUCCUCACCCCGGUGCUGAAGGAGUCGAAAUUCAAAGAGACCGGAGUCAUCACACCGGAGGAGUUCGUUGCAGCUGGAGAUCACUUGGUUCACCAUUGCCCCACAUGGAAGUGGGCCGCAGGAGAAGAGGUGAAGGUGAAGCCGUAUUUGCCGCAGGACAAACAGUUUCUCCUGACACGCAAUGUUCCGUGUUACAAGCGCUGUAAACAGAUGGAGUAUUCAGACGAGCUGGAGGCCAUCAUAGAGGAGGAUGAUGGAGACGGAGGAUGGGUGGACACUUACCACAACCACGGUUUGUUAGGAGCCACAGAAGCUGUACGAGAAAUUUCAUUGGAUAAUAAUAAGGACAGGAAUAUGAAUGCCAAGUCAGCAGCACGUGGCGUUGCUGAUGAUGAUGAUGACGACGAUGAGGAUGGAGAAGAAGCAGCAGACAUGGAAGAAUACGAGGAGAGCGGCCUGUUGGAAACCGAUGAGGCCACCCUGGACACCAGCAAAAUGGUAGAAACAAAACCCAAAGCAGACCCUGGGAAUGAAGACGACAUCCUUCAGACUAGAACAUAUGACCUGUACAUCACAUACGACAAAUACUACCAGACCCCUCGACUCUGGCUGUUUGGAUAUGAUGAAGACAGGCAACCGCUGAGUGUGGAACAGAUGUACGAGGAUAUCAGCCAGGAUCAUGUGAAGAAGACGGUCACCAUCGAGAACCACCCACACCUUCCUCCACCUGCCAUGUGCUCCGUCCACCCCUGCAGACAUGCUGAAGUGAUGAAAAAGAUCAUCGAGACAGUGGCAGAAGGCGGAGGAGAGCUCGGCGUGCACAUGUAUCUUCUGAUUUUCCUCAAAUUCGUUCAGGCCGUCAUUCCCACAAUAGAAUAUGACUACACGAGACACUUCACCAUGUAGCUUCAUCUGCGUGCCGCUUCAUCCAUUUUAACAUCUUGUACAUGGGGAAAAGAUGGGAGAUUGUGUAUGUGGUCUGCUCAGGUUGCUGCUGGUGUGUGGAGUGUUUGUGUUACUCUGAGAGACUUUGUGUGGGCGCAGGACACAGGGAACGUUCAAGUCAUGUUUCUGUUAAAGGAACAGUCCGACGUUUCCGGGACACAGCCUUGAUUUCCAUUAAAACAAGUCAGAGAAGGAAAUUAAUAUACCAGUAUGUGUCCAGUACAGAGAUGGAUGUGUUUUGUCUAAACAGUUUCAUGUUGUAUCUUUCUAUUUAACGUACUUAAAAAAAUUAAAAAAUCAACUAAUGUGGAUAUAUUUGUUUGAGUUCUUACUUUGUGUUCUUCCCACUUUUGGUUAUAAGCUGACUAGACUAACCACAUCCUAAACGUAUCUCCGUACCAGACAGAUAGUGAUGAAACUAACAUCCAUCUUGUCACCUGACUCUGCUCUAAGACUCCAGACAAGGCUGUGUCCUGAAAGCCGGAUUGUUCCUCUGACAUUUCUCAGCAGGUUUAAUGUUGUGACCACCGCACCAAGAUCGUGUUAAGAAGAUUACAAAACUCACCUCAUUCCGCACUUCUACUUCCCUGCUUCAGAAAAACGAAUGAGCCCUGGUUGUUCAAAGUGUCCGUCCCUUGAGUUUACCUUUGCUGGCCAAUAAACACAGAGCAAUGUGAGCAUUAACUUUGCUGCAUCCAAAUGAUGAAUGUAAGUCCAGUACCCCUUUUGCUUUUAGCUCUGUGUUGGGUCUCCACCGCCUCAAGAUGAUGCUGUCAGAUAUAUAAAUAUACAUAUAUUGUAUCUGACAGCAGCAUUGAUGAAAGAUUAUUGAUUAUUGACAGUUGUUCCCAUGCUUUACUGCAGUGAUUAUUAUUGCUUUCAUUCUUAUGGUCUGCAGGAUUUACAUCAUCAGCCCCUCUCAUGCCAGUUUGUCUUAAAUCUUCAUUCUCUGAAUGUGGCGAUGGACGGUUUUCUCACGUCUGCAGCUUGUGUCGGAUCAACAAGACAUUUUUUUCAGCCCUGCUUGUACAAGUGUGAUGCAUCGCCCAUGACUGUGUCUGUGUGAAGGUUGACCGUGACCUCAGAUGUGCUGCACUUUCAAAAAACAACCAGAUUUGUCAGUGAACAGCCCUUCAAUGAAUUUCUUGGGCUGUGUUGUUCAUCAGAUUGUGGAUUCUAAUCUGCAUUUGGCUCAUUUUGGUGACAUGUUUCUGACAGCACUUACUCAACUAAAUACAAUAAUGAGCUUCAGUGAUUCCUGCUUUUAUUUCCUUGUUGUCGCUAGGUGGGGUAGAAUACUCUCUCUGUACCGUCUGUUGCUCCAGUGUCCAGAUCUAACAUGCUCAGUGGUAACACAUUUUAAACUAAUGCACAUUUAUCAAUAAAGAGUUUCCCAAAUAUUGUAUACAGAA